AUGAUCAGUGAAGCUAAGGAUAGUCUGCACCAACUGUUCAAACUUAAAGAUCUAGGUGAACUCAAGUAUUUCUUGGGUAUUGAAGUUCUGAAAUCUUCUAAGAGAGUUAUUCUAAACCAAAGGAAGUACAUUUUAAAGCUUAUUGCAGCUACAGGUCUUACAGGUGCCAAACCUGCAUCUACUCCUCUUGAAUCCAACUUAAGAAUUACUUCUGUGGAACAUGAUUUAGUGACUGGCAACACUAAGGAUGUCGUUCUUCAUGACAUUACUUCUUAUCAGAGAUUUGUUGUACAAAAUCUAAGUCAGUUUAUGCAAUCACCAAAGAAAUCUAAUUGGGAAGCAGAUACCAGGGUGGUCGGGUAUCUCAAUGGCACAGUGGGACAAUGUGUUUGGUUGAAAACUCAGCCUACCACUAUGAUUACUUGCUGGUGUGAUUCUGAUUCGACUGCAUGUUCUAAUACAAAAAGGUUCAUUACUAGUUAUGAGUCAAGUUUGGGAAAUCUUUGGUAUCUUGGAAAUCUAAGAAACAACACUGUUUCAAGGAGCUCAGCAGAAGCUGAGUAUAGAAGUAUGGCUUCAGUUGUCUCUAAGGUUACUUAG